CCCACAUACAUACAGUCAAGGGAGGUGGUGGUGGGGGAAUAUUCAGCCUUUUGCCGAGUCUCGCUUGAAAGCACGUGGAAGUCGCAGUAGACAGCAAAACGCUGCUUUCUGGAACCUUAAACCAUUUUGCACAGCGGCAGCUCAAGAGCGAGCACACGCACGCACGCAUCCACGGGAGAAAGGGGAGAGGGAAGCCGCAGAGGGUUCCCUUCGCGCUUACCUUACUCGCUACCAACCAUUAUUUGGAUUUGCUUUUGCCUGCUUUGGGGCGCCUGAUCGCUCACAUACACAUUCUCACACACCCCUCUCACUCGACUCUUUCAACCCCCGCCCCCAAACGCGAUUUCUGUUUUGCAACCCGGAGUCAGGUUAAAUUUGCAACGGAAGAAGAGCGAAUAAAACAGACACACACGACAUGGAUAACAAUUCUGGUGGUGUGAUCCUGUACGUGGGCUCCACAGCUGGCUCCAGCCCCACCCCGGGCAGCCCUCCCAGUGGAUACCGGGUGCCUUCACCACAACACUCCCUGCCAUCCUCGUUGGAAGAGCUGACCCUCACUGAGAUUGGAGCCAUCAAGCCUCAACAGGUCAGCUCCCCGUCCUCGCCCAAGGUAGCUUUCCAGUUUCCUGAAGGGAUUCGCUACCCCAGCAAGGGUCAGUCACCCCCAGCGCCGAGCAGGGUACCUGCUGCUAAGCAGAAUGGAGCCACCGGCACCUUCACAAAGACAGGUGGGAUGGUGCUGCUCUGCAAGGUUUGCGGUGACAUUGCCUCAGGUUUCCACUAUGGUGUCCAUGCUUGUGAGGGAUGCAAGGGCUUCUUUCGCCGGAGCAUUCAGCAGAACAUCAACUACAAGAUGUGUGUGAAGAAUGAAAACUGCAUGAUAAUGCGGAUGAACCGCAACCGCUGCCAACACUGCCGCUUCAAGAAGUGCCUGGCAGUGGGCAUGUCAAGAGAUGCUGUGCGCUUUGGGCGCAUUCCAAAACGGGAGAAGCAGCGCCUGCUUGAUGAGAUGCAGAGCUACAUGAACAGCCUGAACGAGGCCCCCAUGGACAUUGGCUUGAGUCCUGAGGCAGAUGCCCCACCCAGCCCUAAUGCCCAGGAAGAGGAGGCCAUCAGUGCCAUCUCAAGGGCUUACCAUGACAUCUUUGUGAACGGGCAGGACCGCCUGGGGAAGCGCAGCAGUGGGUCUCCAAGGAGUGAGGCCUGCCCUUUGACCAACUACAACGAGCAGCAGUUUAGCAACUCCUACAGCUAUGGGCAGUACGAGUCGGCCACUCUGCACGUCUCCAGCUAUGGCCCUCAGGAGCCACCCAGUUUUGUGGACAACAGUCCCCGGUGCUUCGGCAACGAGAUCUUCCAGGCCCAGCAGGCUGGCUAUCUGCACAAUGCUGGACACUAUCCAGCCUUUGACUACAGCUAUCCUGAGGCAAAUGCCCAGAGGGGCUGCCCCUGGCGGGGGACAACCAGCAGAGGCAUUGCCUGUCCUCUGAACGCCACCCCCUACUGUAGCAAUGGCAAGAGCAGUCAGCAAGUAUGGGAGGAAUUUUCACAGUGCUUCACACCUGCCGUCAAGGAAGUGGUAGAGUUUGCCAAGAGCAUUCCAGGAUUCCAGUUGCUCUGCCAGCAGGACCAAGUUAUGCUGCUCAAAGCGGGCACUUUCCAGGUGCUGAUGGUGCGCUUCUCUUCCCUGUUUAGUCCCAAGGAGAAGGUGGUGACCUUCCUGAGCGGGGAGACAUACUCACUCCGCAGCCUGCGUACCAUGGGCAUGGGCUCCCUCCUGGAUGCCAUGUUUGAGUUCAGCGAGAAGCUCAGCUCCCUGGGCUUGGAUGCACAGGAAAUGGCACUCUUCAUGGCUGUGGUCCUUGUCUCAGCAGAUCGCUCAGGCAUCUCUGACGUGGAUGCAGUCGAAAUCCUUCAAGAGACUUUGAUACGGGCCUUGAGAACUCUAGUGACUAAGAAGCACCCAGACGACUCCACACUUUUCCCCAAGCUGCUCCUUCGUCUCCCUGACCUGAGGACCCUCAACAACCAGCAUUCGGAGAAACUCCUUGCCUUCCGAAUCAACCCUUAAGCCUGCUGGACCAGUCAGCUUCUUAAACCCUAAGAGUUUAGGGAAGAAGAAUCAACCAUCAAGCAAAUUUAAUGCAUUGGACUAAAUUUUGCUCUUUGGGAGAAGACUGUGACGAUGAAAGGAGAGGAGCACAAGGGAUCCGGCAAGGGAGGGGAGCCCAUAGCCCAUCACAGCUGGGAUCUGCUAGAGCAGAUCCCUCCCUGGUGAGGAGAUCAGAUACAGGAGGAAGGGUGUGUUUCCCAGAUAGCGCUCUCCAUGGCACUGUGCAGAUUGAAGAUCAUUUAUUUUGCUAGAAGAGAUCAAGCAAAUGAGCUGGACACACAUUGUACUGUGUUUUCUAAAUGUGUGUUGAUAUAGAUGUAUAUAGAUAUAUAUAGAUAUAUAUAUAUUGAUAUAUAUAUAUUGAUAUAUAUACAUACAUACAUAUAUAUUGUUCUUUCCAUAUGAUAUUGUGUUGAGGUUCUGUAUAUAAAGACACUGGGCUUAUUGUAUAUAGUAAUUAUUAUUGGUAGCUCUUUGGCGGGAGAAGUGGAGGAAAACAGAGGACAUCCUCACCUUGAGCUCCCUUCCUUUAUCUGCAUGCUACCACAGUCCCAAGUCUCAGGCUCCCCCCCCCUUUGGUUUUGUUGUUGGCUCUGUUUUCGUGCUGCUUUCCUCCCAAAGCACAUAGAGGGCUAAUUGCUAUCCUGGUCUUAAAAAGUUCAGUAUAUACUACAAAUUUUACAGGGUAGGAGUUUUCUUCAAGAUGUAAAGUAGAGCUACUCAAAUUAGGCCAGUUUUCCACUUCUGCAAUUGAACAAGUGGGGCCACAGUCCUCUUUGUCAUGUCUGACAUGGGUGUCUAUAUCUAUAUAAUAUAUAUUCUGUAAGUGUCUCAAACAAAAACACAAAAGGGGCUUCCACCAGUCCGUAGGUAGAGUUGCACUCAGCUCUGUGAGACAGCCAUAUAGCAUGCUAACAAGGCUGCUGGCUGGGGUGGGAGGAGAAAAGCUGUGGAGAGGUUAAGGCUGUGAUCCUAACCUCACUUGGAGUAAGCUCAGUAGGACUUACUUCUGAGCAGACAUGGUUGUGAGGGGGGCAGCUUCUCAGAAGGGCAAAUGGAAGACGCAUGAGUGCAGAUGAAUGUUUCAAGAGAGGUGACAAAGAAGGCUGGGAUUCACCAGGGCUCCUUCCAUGCCAAGUCAGGUUUAGGGAAACAAGCAAAGAAUAGUUGAGCCAUUAGGAAGAAAGGGCUAAGCAAAGCAAACACUCCUACUACCAUUCCACCCAACUUGCCCGGUUCCUUCCGGGCAAUGGUGCUUUCUUUCUUUACCUGAAGAAUGAAGCCGUGAGUACUGUCUCCCAGAGUUCUAGAACCCGGCCUUCCAUUCCUAACCUCUAGAUCUUGCUCCCCAUAGAAGCCCAGAGUCAUGACUAUCUUCCAGAGCUGCCUUGGUUAUAUUUAACCCCACCUCUAUUCCAGAUUUUCAAGUACAACCCCAGACGUUUGCCUAAUCACUCUUUCCUAUCCAUAGGUUCCCUUUCCCAGGACAGAAUGGAACCUAGAAGUGCUGGCUCCAGGUUUUUUCCCCAUUCACUAUAUUUGGGGUUGUGUGUACUCUACACUUUAUAAAUAACGACAUACACACACACAACCAGAUUCUGUACCAAGAAAUGCCUGAACCUGUGUCCUGAGUAAAUUAUGCAGAUUAAACAAAUCUUGUAUUUGUUUAUUCUGUGCAAUUUGUUCUGCUUCUGCUAGUGAGGAAAAAGGGUUGUUGGGGGUGGGGGGCACAGGAAGCGUCACAUAAUACUGAAGCUCCACCCAUUGAUCUCUUAAAGUUCUACUUGGAGAACUCUGGAAGUUCUACUUGGUGUCUGAUGCUCAAACUACGCAUGGUGUUGGCAGGCCCAUGUCUAAAGUGUAGGUUUAGAGCAUCAAAGGGAUACACAUGGGGGUGCUGCUGCACUGAUCCCUUCCUCAGGUGCUGCUGUUUUCUCCCCUGAUUCAGGCUCCAAUACCAACUGAGAUAAAAGUGCCUGAGGGAAAGAGCUAUGAUGGAGAGGAAGAUGUCCAGUGCAGGGAGGGUUCAGUGUACCCCCUCAUCCCCCUUUUUACAUGUGAUCAGGGCAAAUGUUUGAAGAAAACCUUUCUGCCAUUCUCAUGUGUAGUUUGGCUCUAGGAAUUUACUAGGCAGAGCCCAAUUUUUCAAAAUUAUUUCCUCUGCCAUAGGGGGAAGACUAUUUUCCACUCAAAAAAGAAAACUGAGAUUCUCAGGAUGCUGAAUUCUGUGCCAGAAUUCCAUACUUGGAGGAUGCUGGAAUUGCAAGCACAUAGAUUACACACAGCCUUGACUAUAUAGAUCCAGAGAUCCCCCCCAAAUGGUUUCCCGUCAGCUGUUGUAUGUCAUACUCUGGUUAUAAACACACUAGUUGCUGGAUCAAAGUGUUUCCAUUAGCCAGACCUGGAGGGGGCACAGGUUGAUCUUCCAAUCAGCUGCAAAAUCUCUUUGAAGCUGAAUUAAAGCAAAAAGCACUUGAGCUGCUCCCACCAGGUUUUAUAACAAAAAGGGGUGGGGUCUGACUAGCAUCGUGUGCCCCCAUUUUCAGAAGAGAGAGGUGAAGACACACAAGAAUCAGCAGAACAGCAAGUGCGUUUCUACCCUGUAUACAUUUAAAAGAAGCAGCCAAACCUUGAAAGGUUUUUUCCCUCCUUUGAAACUUUUGCGGGAGCUGACCAAAAUGGAACUUGGGCUCCCUCUUCUCUCCUUUAGGAUUUCUGCCCCCCUCUCCAUCCUACUCUGCAUUGAUACAUAUCAGGUCUUUUUACAUCCCAUCUACAGGAGCUCACAUGGCAUGUUUCAGUCACCCUCCUGUGUGCAUGAUGUGGGAGAUAUCUGUGUUCUUUGCAAGGUGGGAGGGACACUGUUGUUGCUGCUGCUGCUGUUCAACACUGCUUUUAAAAUAAAAAACAAACAUUGCACUUUUCUUAGAAAUCUAGAGGAAAAAAAUGUAUGUUAUAACAAAGAAUUCCCUCCCUAAACCAGAGUAUAUUUGUUCCAAAGGGAAAAUAAAGAUGGUUUUGUUUGCUGCUGCUGGGAGUCCAAAAGACUCACAAAAGAUACCGACAUGGAAGAGAGAGAGAGAGUUUAUUUUUUGUCUAAUAUUGAAGUGCAAUAAAUACAUUGAAAUAUAAAUAAAAUAAAGACUUGU